AUGGCGCCUGGCCUCCUCGCCGCCGUGCUGGCCGCGGUGGCGUCGCUCGCGCCCCACGUCGUGCUCAACUGCCCCGUGCAGCCGGUGCCGUCGACUCCGCGGCCGUCCACUCCGCCGCCUAACAACCUCCUCCAGGUUAACGAGUCGUCCGGGAAAAUCCUUGCUGCUCGUCAAUUGUUGUUGCCGUUUCGUGCGCAGGCUGGAGAAGCUGGGGAAGGGGCGCUGGACGCGCCGGAGGACGUGUACGUGGACGCGGCGGCGGGCGGGACGGUGUACACGGCCACCAGGGACGGGUGGCUGCAGCGGAUGCAUGCACCCAAACAACGGCUCCUGGGAGCGGUGGCGCUUCGUCGGCGGCACGGGCUGCUCGGGGUCGCGCCGUCCGCCGACGGCACCAUGCUCGUCUGCGACGCCGACAAAGUAGGGUACCUCCACCGACCACCGAUGGGAGGACUUGCUAGCGUUGUUGGUUCUAGUACGAAACUACGAACACUUGUCACGAUGAACAGCACUACAGCAGCAUGA